AGUUAAUGGGAGGGAUUGGCGUACCGCCGGCACGCAAAAUGGGACUUUAGCGCAUGCACUACACGCAGUUUGGAAGUGUAAAGCCCUGUUAUCUACGCAGGUCCGGGCUGACCUCUCGCCAUUUCAUUUACGCGAAACGGGAAACGCUAUUAUCGAUCUGCGCGUGAAUGAUAUCCGUGUGAAUGCAUGCGCAUUCCCGCACCGCCGCGGGACACGUUUUCUUUGGGAUGAACAAAUUUUGAUAACACGUGGCAUUAUCGUGGGAAGCGGUGCUACACGCCGACCGAGACCUUUGUGGUAUCUGGUUUAUCCAUUUUCUUUUGACAGAACUUUCCACCUUGAUUGUUCCUCUUUCGAUUCGGGGAUACUGGCACAGCUAACUCCAGACUAUGACAGUCCUGCCACAGCGCCGUCAUGUGGCCGUGGCGUGUUUGUUUCUGUGCUGUGCGACUCUCGGCGACAGCGUCCCGGACCCGAGGAUCAGAGACACUCUCAUGCAACUGGAGGCCUCCAUGCAGAUAGGAGGAAACCUGGUGCUGUCUGAGGCUGAGCGCCGGCUGGGCACAUAUAUAGACAAACUGAAGGGAGAGGAGUUGGCGCAAGCAGACUUCCCUCCCGCCUUACAUUUCUUUAAGGCUAAGCCCCUCAUCAGAAAGAGUCCCCUUUACAGCCUACUGCAAAAGAUGCCCAAAGGGGGAGUCCUACAUGUCCAUGACUUUUCACUGGUGGAUGUGGAUUGGCUUGUGAAGAAUGUGACCUACCGUCCCUACUGUUAUAUAUGCUUCACUUAUGACCAGUCCAUGCGAUUCCUCUUUUCCUCUCGUCUGCCCAAACCUCUUCCACAAUGCUCUCCCUGGAUGCUGCUGGAAAGCCUCAGGGCUAAGAUGGAAAAUGCCACCUCUCUGGACACCAGCAUCAUGACCAACCUGACCCUGUUCACAGAGGAGGAGCCAGAGGUAGUCUAUCCCAGCCAGGAUGUGGUAUGGAAGAGAUUUGAGCAGUCCUUUCAGGUGAUCUGGGGUUUGGUCACAUAUGCUCCUGUGUUCAGGGACUAUUACUACAGAGGCCUCACACAAUUCUACAUAGACAACGUCAUGUACCUCGAACUACGAGCUUUACUCCCAGAGACAUAUGAGCUGGAUGGAAGUACACAUGACAGGACAUGGAGUCUGAGGACAUACCGGGAUAUCACCGCACAGUUUGUAGCGGAGCACCCAGACUUCUUUGGGGCAAGGGUCAUCUUCACAGUCCACAGGGGUUUAAACGAAUCCAUGAUGACACAGGCUGUGGAGGAAGCUAUGAAAAUGCAGAGGGAUUUCCCAGAGAUCAUGGCUGGAUUUGACCUGGUGGGCCACGAGGACAGUGGCAGAUCCCUGUGGUACUUCAGACAGGCCUUGUCUUUACCAGCAGAGAGAGGAGUCUCUCUCCCUUUCUUUUUUCAUGCAGGAGAGACUGACCUUGAAGGCACAGAGGUAGACCAGAAUCUGCUAGAUGCUCUGCUGUUCAACACCUCCCGCAUUGGCCACGGGUUCGCUCUACUGCGCCACCCAGUGGCCAAGAAGUUGUCCAGGGAAAGAGGGGUGGCUGUGGAGGUGUGUCCCAUUUCCAACCAGGUCCUCAAGCUGGUCACAGAUCUGCGAAACCACCCUGCAGCCAUUUUAAUGUUAGAGGGCCACCCACUGGUGAUAAGUCCUGACGACCCUGCAAUGUUUGGGGCGACCGGCCUCUCCUAUGAUUUUUACGAGGCGUUUGUUGGCUUUGGAGGGCAUAGCUCCCAUAUAGGCACUCUUAAAGAGCUGGCCAUGAAUUCUAUUAGGUACAGUUCCUUGUCCCCCAGGCUACAAGAACAAGCCUUGGCUCUAUGGCAGAGACAAUGGGAAAAGUUUGUCUCUGAAAUCCUCUCUUAAAGAGAGCAGAUGAGCUUUUAAUUCUGUCGUUUGUACUUUCUGAUUCUUUGCAUCUCAAAGUAGAGGAGGGUUUUUAUUAUUAUUAUUAUUAUUAUUAUUAUUAUUAUUGUAGUCCGUUACACACCUAAACAUGGCUUACUUUUAUUCUGACCACGAGGGAAAGCUUUUUUAGACAAACUGAGUUAGUUGCAUGGAAAUGUGAACGCAAGUGUAUGAUAAACACAUCAGCUGACGGGUGUAAACAAUAAAAAUCAUAAAAAAAGAUACCUAGCUCCCCCGGUGGAAUAUUUGUGUACAGCCAUAGUUGCAACAGAAACAAUCCUGUCUGAACUGUGGCCAGUUCAAUGGAGGGCCGUUUAACGAAGUCUGACAUGACUAGAGAACCCAUCAAGAGACUUUUUAAUCAAGAGACAUUUUAUUUUGUGCAGUCCUCGUGGUUUGCAAAGGAAUACAGUUGCACUGAAAUGAAGGAUUCAGGUUUAUGUAUGUAUGUAUAUAUGUAUGUAUGUCUACCUAUAUAAGAGCAUUGGUACUGAUUGAGAUGCUCAUAUUGAAUACUUUAUCCAUGUGGAAUGUAUGAUUAUUAAAAAUAGAUUAAAAUUAUGAGCAGGGAAAAUUGCAGAGAUAAAGUAUUAUAGUAGAUUAAAUUUUUGAAAACGGAAU